GUAUUCUCCGAGCAAAUACUAUCGGUCCGGCAGCGCAUCACACACACAAAGCGAAAAAAAAGAAAAUACGGGUGGCCUGCAAGCGAAUAUCUUUGAAAUUCACUGGACCCCAACGCUGAGAAUUGUUCUCCGAUAAAGUAUAUUUUUAACUCGUGUGCUCCGUCCGCCUAAGCCAGCAAAAUAACCAAGUUCAACAUACGCCUGGACAACAUAAUGUCGAAGAACAAAAAACUGUCGCUGUCAGGCGGCGAUACGGCGGAGAAAUUUAUUUACAAACCCAAGGAUCUGAUAUGGGCCAAAAUGAAGGGCUUCACUCCGUGGCCGGGAAUGAUUGUCGAUCCUCCUCUUGAUCUGCUUAGCCAGCAACGCCGGGCGAAUACCAAAUGCGUGUUCUUCUUCGGAUCUAGGAAUUUUGCCUGGAUUGAAGAGAAUAACAUCAAGCCCUUCGAAGGUCCGUGGAAGGAUGAACUGGCCAAGGUGAGCAAACCUGCUGCUUUUCGACACGCCAUGACGGAUAUCGAAAAGUAUAUUGACGACCCUGCCGAGGUGGACGAGCAAGUCAACAAAAGCUGCGGGGCCCCAAAUCACGCCACUGAAGCCGAUUUCGACAAAAUCCGCGAUGGUCUAGACACUGAGGAGAAUGUGGUAGACGAGACAGUUGGCGAUGGCAAUAAUGGUGUAGUAGCCCAUGUGGUCGGCAGCCCUGAUGAGGGCGAGGGAUUGGAUGGGGAAAUUAAUGCAGAUUCCUCAGAGUCACCCGCGACGACGCCGGCGGCCACAACAAAAGCAGGAGGCAAGCGGACGCCGAAGGCUAAGUCCGUGGCGGCCGCUUCGGUUAAGUCGACUAAGGGAUCGGCUACCAAAUCAGCACAGAAACGGCGUACCUCUUCUCACCAGACGCCCAGUGGCACAUCGAAUGCCAAGCGUGGUAGGAGAGCUGCCUCUGGGGAUGCUGCGCAGGAUUUGGAUGGUGCCGGUUCUACGCCCACGGCUAGACGACGUGUUGAGACUGACGCACUACUGGCCUCACUGGCGGCCAAGCGGGCACCGAAUGCAAUUGCUCUGCUUGAUCGUCCGGUCGUCACGCGACCAGAGACGCAAGUUAUUGACAUGACCUCGCGCUCCAACACUCUGGCCGAUCGGGAAAUUGUGCCCUCAGAGCAGACUUUCGGAUUCCUGGGUCUUGGCAUGAUGGGAUCGACAAUAGUCAAGGACUUGAUUUACACGGGUCACAAAGUUGUGGUUUGGAACCGCACUAUCGACAAGUGCCAACCCUUUGCGGAGGCCGGUGCUGAGGUUAAAGACACUCCUAUGGAUGUGGUGGAGGCUGCCGACGUUAUCUUCUGCUGUGUGUCAGAUCCCAAGGGCGCCAAGGAUCUCGUUUUUGGCAACUGUGGCGUUCUACAGAUAAAGGAUUUAAACAAUAAGGCUUACGUGGAAAUGUCUACCAUUGAUCCGGACACUUCGCUGGAUAUUGGUGAGGGUAUCAAGCAGUGCAACGGUCGCUAUCUAGAGGCACAAAUUCACGGCUCGCGUCAAGAGGCAGCGGAUGGCAUGCUCAUUAUCCUUGCCGGAGGCGAUCGCUCAGUGUUCGAGGAGUGCCACUCGUGCUUCAAGACUAUCGCAAAGAACACAUUCUUUUUAGGGACAGAUAUCGGCAAUGCCUGUAAAGUAAAUCUAAUUUUGCAAACUAUUAUGGGUGUGAGUCUGGUCGGGUUAGCUGAGGCGUUAGCACUUGCUGAUCGUUUUUCAAUUUCUUUGAACGACAUUAUAGACAUUUUUGAUUUGACUUCAAUGAAAUCACCAAUGCUACUGGCGAAGGGCAAAGAAAUGGCCAAAGGCGACUUUAAUCCACAACAACCUUUAAGCCACAUGCAACGAGACUUGCGUUUGGUGCUAAACAUGGCAGAGAAUCUAGAUCAGUCUAUGCCUGUCACCAGCAUUACCAAUGAGGUGUUCAAGCACACUAAACGCUUGGGCUACAGUGAACACGAUUCGAGCGCCGUAUUUGUAAGAUCCAGAUUUUAACAUUUAGUUAACACGACUAACGUUUAAACUAUGUUUUAUCAUUUAGUUUAAAGCGUGUACCGAACAGAACAGAACCGACACUGACAAAAACACAAAACACAAACAAUAACAGAAACGCAUAACCUUCACUUAUCCACCCACCAACCCAAACUGACAGAGGCGUUCGAUCGCAAGGAAUACUUUGGUAAAAUAAUAUAAUAAUAAUUACCUUUGUAUGCUCUUGCGAUUGGUAUCGUCAUCCUAACCUUUUGCAUACUUCCCAAAACCCCAACAUACGAAGCGUUAAUUGCAAAAUGGGCUAACAGAUUCGCUUUGAAUCGACGACCAAAUCUUCCUGGUCGACCUGCUUAAAACGCAGGCAGAAGCCAAUGAAGUGUCCUAGGGAAGUGUGUUCAAGAAAGCUGAUAAAUGAACAACACAAUCUUUCGGAACUACUUUAAUGAAUUGUGCAUUAUACGACUUUAGAGUGUUUUAUUGUAUUUUUUGACGGGUGAAACGCAAUCCCAGAGAGGAGGAAGGGCAGGGCGCCGUGUUUCCAAUUUUUAUGUAUGUAAGGUGUUUUUUCCAAAAUAUCAUUUUACGUAUGUGCAUGCAUAAAUUGUAAAUGUAUAGAAUACUGCAUCCGAAUAAAAUGUACAAAGCAUACUGAAACACAACUCUGAUUGUAGAAUAUCAAAAGAAGCAUGGACCUUUUAGGCUUAUCUACCCGACCUCCCCUUUUUUGUUGUGCAUUUACUCCAAUCUUAUAUUUUCAUGUAUACAUUUACACAUUUUUACUAAGAAUAAAAAGUAAGCUAAACGAUCAUACAGAGUAAAAUUGCAAAGAAAAAUAUAUAAUGUGGCGGUAAUGAUAGAUUGGUUUAGUUGUAGUUCCCUUCUCAUACAACAAACAAGACACAAACUGACAUGGGAAAUUAAACAAAACAACAACAGAAACAAAAACUACAACAACCGAAAGCAAACAAAAUAGCAUAAACUUUGAUCGACCCAUUGGCGAGGGUCAUUAUUAAUAAUAAUAAUAAGAAUAUAUAAUAAAUAAUAUAUUUUACUUAUUAUUUAGUCUGUAUUUUGUUGUAAAACAAAGAUUAAUAAAAAGAUAAUUUUAAUAGAGGA